UUAUUAAAACCCACCAAUUGGAAUCCAACGGUCAGACGGCUUCCGACUCCGUCGCCACCGCAUCUCCGCCGUCUAAUCGCUCCGCGUUUUCCAGAUGUCACGUUUCUUCAGCCGCCGUGUCCAAGUCGAGCCGGCCAAGCCCGAUCUCAAGCCCCCCGUAGAUGACCGCGCUUCGGAUGGAACGACCGAUUCGAAACUGCAGUCAUCUAACAGCAAUGCGGCGGAGGAUCAAGAGCAAUUGAAUUCGGCGACGGAGGAUCAAGAGCCGUUGAAUUCAGUUGCGGAGGAUCAGGAGCAGUUGAAUUCGGUGACGGAGGAUCAAGAGCAGUCGAAGGAGGGUAAUUCGCCUCGGGAGGUUUCUCCCCAAGAGGCAGACAACGGCGACUACAUCGGCGUGCAAUCCAGACCUUAUAUUAGGAAGAUCCUCGAGAAGCAAGGUGACAAAAAGAUUCUUUUUGCUGAUAAAGUUUUGAAGUAUACUUGCUCUGGGAAGUUGAAGAGGCGACUACUUCUAAUUACUGAUUUUGCGCUGUAUAUCGUGGACCCGGAAACUGACUCUCUAAGAAGAAGGAUAGCUUUGGCAGCUGUUGAGAAGCUUUGUUUAAGUAAACUAAAGGAUAAUUUUUUUGCGAUUAUUAUUCCCACUGAAUAUGAUUUACUGAUGGCAAGUACUAGGAAGACUGAAAUAGCGACGGUCUUAGUGGAUGCUACGAAAAGUGCAUCUGACUAUGAGCUUGAGGUGUCUCGAUCUGACAGCUUUGAGUACAACGCAGCGGCUGAAAUCGUGAAGGAAGUUCAGUUUGAGGAAGUAGAAGGUGGCAUUAAAAUGAGAGUGGUGAAGAAAUGAGCUGGUGUUAGUUUACUUCAUCGGAAGAACUUGUCCAUCCAAUGCCAUUUUUCACAUUCGAGUUAGAGUUGUCUCAUUGUGGAUAUGGCGAUUUUACUACUCUGCGAUGAACUUCUGUUUUCUCAUACAGAAAGUUCAAAAGCAGAUGCAAUAUUUUCUUGUUUAUGUAUCGAUUUAAGUUAUCGACAGACUAUUUAGAUUUUUUCUGAAUCGUAUCUUGCUAUUGAUUUCUA